GAUGAUACGCUGGUAAAAAGUGUAUCAGGAUUUUUGUCACAUUCACCAGUAACGAAUGUGAAUCCAGUUGUCAGUUCAAAAGUUUAAGCUGAAUGAAUUGGGAAGGAAGAAAGACAAUUUAACUCGUAUGGAUGGAAAGGCUCUAAUUGAAGGUUAUUAAAGUAUUAUGUUUCGAGUUUUAUAAAACGAGAGUCAUUUGAAAUCAAUAUUUGGGGAAACAAUUUAAACUAUAGGAGUUUAAAGUAACGCUCUAGUAUUGUUUUGGGAUUUGAAGUCGAGAAAGUUUAACAUUAUUUAACAAGUAUAAAAUUGCUGACUAUAAUUUAUUUCUAUUUUCUAGGAAAAAAAGAAAUACCAGUAAAUCAUUUUUUAAUUUCAUGUUUUCAUAACAGAUCCGCUACUAUAAAUGGAUGUAAUGGAAAAUAAAAACUUUUGUGAAAGGCAUGUUAAUAAUGAGAAAAUCAAUAAUGAACGAUUUCAGUUUGAAAAGGAGUCUUGUGACAAAAACGAUUCAUCUAGUGAUACAACAUACCAUAUCACUCCAUCUUUAGAAUUAGGCCUAAGCAGUCAAGAGCUAGCAAGCGAGAAUGUGAAUCGAAAACAACAACGCAGAGAAACUGAAAAUAAAGGAGAAACAUUAAGAAAAAACGUGAAUGAACACCUGCAAGGCGAAGGGAAUCAAACCGAAAAUAAUUUAACCAGCCCAAAGGUGUGUCAAAGUAGUAAUGGCAUGAUCAAGAGCUUUGAUGACGCAAGGACAGAAAAGUUCAUCAUCCACACUCCGAAUGAGGUUCCUGAGCUUUCCUCUACAUUAUCGGAUGUUGUACUUGAUUCAUUUAAAACAUAUGAAACAACGGAUUUCAACAAUAUAGGUUCCAAGGUUCGAGAAUCAUUGGCGUUAACAAAAUGUACUGAGAGAGAAGUACAGAUAGACAAUUCAGAUAAAAAAAAAUGUUCAGUUUCUCACUACUCGUCACAACAAACGGCAACAGCAUGGUGUGUCCAGCGUCAGGAUUCGCCACCGAGUGAUAGUACGGAGUUCUUUCAUAAAAAUCGUCAAUGUAAUGAACCAUGGACGGCGAGUAGCAUACUUGUUAGUGAAAUGUCAAGUUCUUUACCAGAAAGAAAACUUUUCAGUAAUCCCAAUGCACAAAGACUUUAUUGUCAAGCGUUUCAAACGUACAUGAGAACUCGUGUUACGGAAGAAACCCCUUUCAAAAAAACCACAACCUCCCACAAUGAAAUUUCAUCUGAUCUUUUAAAAAGUUUUGCUUUUCGGUUAGGCGAAAAGUGUCAACGUAUUAUCAUGGAAACACCCACAGAACAUCAAAUUCAAAGAAUACAAUUUCGAUAUGUUGCUCGGCACAUUCAUAAACACUGGAAAAAAUUUCAAAAUCGCCUUUGUGUUCAUACAAAAUUAUUAAGAAGUAUUGCACUUGAAGCUGUCAAAGAGUGUGAUUCUAUAAAAGAAAAACUUCGUCUUUUACAAUUACAAGAACAACAAGAGCGACUUAAUUAUCUGAAAGAGCAUGACCUAGAUAAGUAUUGGGAGCAUCUUCAACAAUCAAAAACAGCUCGUAUUUCAGAAACUAUUUCACGAAUGAAAACUUUUAUUGAUAAUAUUAAUCAUAAAAUGAAAAUUCAGCAAGAGAAAACAACUUUAGCUGAAAAAGAACAACGGUUUUUAAGCAAGCAAUAUCAAAAGUCUUGUAUGAAUAAUGAUAAUAAACUGGAUUGUGAAGAGAACACGCAUUUCUUCAGUACUAAAUUUUUAACACUGCAAAGUGUGACAGAACAGCCUUCCAUUUUAUCAGGAGGAAAGUUGUUACCAUAUCAACUUGCAGGCUUAAAUUUUAUGAUUAAUUUAUACGAUAAUGGACUAUCUGGAAUUUUAGCUGAUGAAAUGGGAUUAGGGAAAACCAUUCAAACCAUAGCCUUUCUAGCCUAUCUUAAAGAACAUCGUCAGUGUUUUGGUCCUCAUAUUGUUAUAGCUCCAUUAAGUACAUUACCUAAUUGGAUAAAUGAGUUUGCUCGAUGGUGUCCUAGCUUGGAUAUUUUGGAGUUCAGAGGAAAUAAACAGGAACGUCGUAUGCUUGGUCAUAAAUUAAGGCGUCAAACCUUUCACGUUUGUGUAACAACAUAUGAUUGGGUUUUAAGGGAAAAAUCUGUACUAUCGACUCCUUAUUGGAGUCUCCUGAUCGUUGAUGAAGGUCAUCGGUUGAAAAAUAUUCGAUCAAAGUUUCAUGUGACAUUAACAGAGUUCCGUUCAACACACAGAGUCCUUCUAACUGGGACUCCCCUUCAGAACAAUUUAUCAGAGUUGUGGUCGUUAUUGAAUUUUCUCUUACCCAAUAUUUUUUCAUCUUCAUUGGAUUUUGAAAUGUGGUUUGAGCAACCUUACAAAGCCUCUUAUUUGGUCAACACUUCCAGCGCCGAAGAAACGUUUAGUUUGAGUGAAGAAGAAAAAUUUUUAAUUAUUAAUACACUUCACUCGGUACUUCGACCGUUCCUUCUAAGACGUGUCAAAGAGGAUGUUUUAGAUGAAUUACCUCAUAAAAAAGAGUACAAUGUGCGUAUAGCUUUGUCUUGUUGGCAAAAACGCGCAUACGAGCAUAUUUCCAGUCGAGCCAUCAGAUUCGAUUGUAAAAAAAAAAUAGGAAAAUCUUUUUCCAAUAUUAUGAUGCAACUCCGUAAAGUUGUGAAUCAUCCUUAUCUUUUCCAAGACGAAUAUAACGUUGAUGAAAAUAUUUACCGUGUGUCAGGAAAAUUUGAGGUUUUGGAUAGAAUUAUACCAAAAUUGAUUCAUUUUAAACAUAAAACGCUGUUAUUCUGUCAAAUGACCCAUGUUAUGGAUAUUCUGGAUGAUUAUUUUGAAUGGAAAGGUUAUUCUCGUUGUAGACUUGAUGGAACUACCGUAAUAGAAGAUCGACGCAGUCGAAUGGAAGAAUUUAAUGACCCUAACACCUCCAUUCUUAUUUUCACACUGUCAACUAGAGCUGGUGGUUUAGGACUCAAUCUUCAAGCUGCAGAUACAGUUAUUCUGUUUGAUUCGGAUUGGAAUCCUCAUCAAGAUUUACAAGCUCAAGCCAGAGCGCAUCGUUAUGGUCAAAAAAAUGAAGUGUUUGUUUUUAGGUUCAUUACGACGUCGAACAUAGAAGAAGCAGUUCUUCUUAAGGCUCAACAUAAACUAGAUCUUGACGAAAAAAUUAUUCAGGCGGGCAUGUUUGAUAAUCAAUAUACUGAUGUUGAACGCCAAAAGAAAUUACGAGAGUUUCUAUAUCCUAAGUGUGGUGGCACUGAAAAUUCUAUAACAACCCCGGAAGAGUUAAAUCGAAUGUUAGCUCGAAAUGAUGAAGAAUUUAACUAUUUCGAAACAUAUGAUAAGAUGUUAUUUGGAGAAGAGUUAUUUGAAAAGUUUAAGAAAUUAGAGAGAAACAAGCAUGUUGAAUGCUAUGAAAAAAAUCACAAGACACACCUGUCAGAUACGGUUCCAACUACACUUCCAAAAAUAGAAUUGAAGGAAUCGGUAGAAAAUUUGGAGGUUGAAUCAAAGUCGAAUACAUUUCAGCUUCAUAAUAAAUCACUUGUGCGAAAAAAAAGGCGCAAACGAGUAUCUGAAAUUGAGAAACUCACCGGUCGAGUGACGACGGAUAAGCAUCUUAUUGAUUGCGAAACGAAAAAAAAUUUGGAGUCAACAAGUUGUGAAAGAAUAAAUGCAACAUCUGAAAGCUUUGCAAAGACAAAAAAGUAUGAGGGAUCACUGGAUUUGGAAUCGUCGAGUAGGAAUGAUACAAAGAAAUUAUAUUCAGAAGUAUACCCUAUUGAAACCUGUGAAACAUUAUUAAUUGAGGCCAAUAGGUUGAUUAGACCAAAGGAUACUGUAUUCGAUUGGGUGGCUCCCUCCGUCGAUUCAGACGAUACUCAAAAGAACGUUAAUGAACAUCACACCAAGCUUUCUCAUUCUCAUAGUCUUCGUCAAAAACGACAACAUAUUUACCGGGAAUUUUCUAAUAUGUUCUCUAAUGUAAAUAUAGAAACGCUCUCAGAAGCAGCGUUUAAUCGUGCGUUAAGAUCAGUGGAAUCUCGGCAGGCGCCAGAUUUUGAGACUGCCUUAGCAUUAGAGAAAACACGUGUAGGACGAAGAUGCGAACGACUUAUCAGUAAACGACGUCUAAUGCUCUUAAGGCAAUUGAAACGUCCUUCCGAUUUUCAUGAGAAACCUUCAAAAAAUACUCCUGAUUCACCACAAGAUGUUUCAAAAAGCACUCUUGAUUUACCCCAAGAAGCUUUAAAAAAUGAUUCACAUUUACCUCAAGAUGUUUUAAAAAGCACUCCUGAUUCACCUCAAGAAGCUUUAAAAAAUUAUAUACAUUUACCUCAAGAUGCUUCAAAAAAUACUCCUUAUUUACUUCCAGAUAAUUCAAAAUGUGAGAUAACGAAAUUGACAACAAUUGUGUAAAUUUGCGUUUCAUGAUCUAUGGUAUAAUUCACUGUCUUCUCUGUUACGUUUUUUAUUACUGUUUACGUAAAAAAAAACAUUUAUUAGAAAUAUCAUUUUAAGUAAAAUAGUAUUCCCGCUACAUUUGUUUAGCUCAGUGUUACACAUUGUAAUAAACGCUAAAUAGAUUUUGCAUGCAUUGACCUGGAUAACUUGGGGUAACUUGUUUACUUAGUAGAACGAGGACUGGCGUCUUACAAUGCAUGUUUUUUUUCUAAAGAUUUCCACUGGUGAAGUAAAAAUUUUGAUACCAUGUGCAGAUUACACUACACAAAAAGAAUGUGAAUGAAGUUCCCCUACCCUCAAAAUUAUGUAAAUUGAAUAUUAACCUGUUUAAUUCUCUCUAUUUCACUCAAACAAUGGUAUAAGAGGAUUGUAAUUGUGGCAACACUGGAGCUUUGAAAUAGAUUAACGAAACAGGUUGAUUUUACCAUAGUGAGAAUUGCUAGAUUCAAUUAUAAAAAAGUUUUGAAUCUUUGUUAUCUCUUUUAUAAAAGAUUACAUUCAAAUAUGUCAAACAUCUGUUCUAAAAAGAAUAUGUAGCGCAAUAGGGAAGUAGUAUAAAGAAGGUGCUCAAUUUACUGUAACGCUUUAUUAAAAAUGACAAAAUGGUAACAGAAUAAAGAAAUCGGAAUUAAUAGCGCCAAAAAUUGUAUUAGCGUCUAAUUAUCUGAUGGACUUUUCAUAGAAAAAUGAGUGAAAUUCAUCUCGACGCUUUUCCGAAUAGCUCCGAAGUUCAAAACAAUUUAAAACGAGUUCUGUACGUUGGUAAUCUUGAUGAUAACGUUACGAAAGAAAUUUUGGAAGCAGCAUUCAUACCUUUUGGUGACAUUCGAACAAUAGCUAUCCCUAAGGACCGUUUAACAGGUAAACAUCGAGGAUUCGGUUUUGUUGAAUAUGAAGAAGAAGAAGAUGCUCAACAUUCCAUUGCUAAUAUGCAUGACUCAGAGCUGUAUGGUCGUGUUCUCACGGUCAAUUUAGCUCGAACUCCGGCACGUGAACCUGGAAAAAAAUAUAUUCCAGUGUGGAAGGAUGAGACUGUAAUGCAACUGCAAUAUAAUGUUGCCCCGGAAAAUUUAAAUUCGGGAAAUGUUGAAGAAGACCAAGCUUUGGAAGCGUUAAUGAAAUGUUCAGAGGCGCAAGAAAUUAUGGAAAGAAAGACUGCAGUGGUAAAAGACUCAAAAGAAGCCGUGGCAUAAAAAAUAAUUUUGAGAUUGUUCUUAUUAUUUUCGUUCUACAAAAAUUCAACAACA